AGGAAAGAUCUGUCUCAAGUCAGAAUGCUCCUUCAGGCUGGAAUCAGGGUCAACAUGGAGGAUUAUGCAGGAUGGACACCUCUGCAUGAGGCCUGCGUUUCUGGAGACGAGUCUGUGGUGGAGGAGCUGCUGAGGGCUGGAGCUAACGUUAACGCUCUGAGUUGUGAGGGCGUCACACCACUGCAUGACGCUGUUUACAGUGGACAUCACCAGGUUGUGAAGCUCCUCCUUGAGAACAGCUCAAUCCCUGCCGACCAGAACGUUGGUGGAAAAAGUUUGUUGGACAUGGUCGAGGACAGGAGUAUGAAAGAGCUACUCUUGAGUUUCCAAAUAUCCUAUGAAGACCAGAUGAAGUCUAGCAAAGGGGCAACACGAUGCGGCGAACCAGACCUUCAUCCAAGAGAGUCGGGUGACACAGGCAGAGAAUCUACUGAUGUUCAGCUGAAACGGAUAAAUAAUUUCAGAGCAGUUCAGAACAGUUCAGAGGCGGUUUCAGCGCUUCUGGAGGAUGCUAGGAGGAAACAAGCAGAAAUGUCAACCUGGCCUCCGAAAGAUCUCAAGGAUAUUGGGAGAUGCAAAGAAGUUUUGUUGCAGAUCCAAAACGUUCUGAUGGAUGUUCUCGCCAAGCAGCGUUUAGAGAAGAACGAUCUGACCCACAAAUUCAGGGUCGUGUCUCACCACCUUUGCCACCGAGUCCUGAAAAGUCAGUUCUUGUCUCUGGCUUCAAAUCAGAGACAUUUGGUGCAACUCCUCCAGAAACAAAUGCAACUGGAAGAAGCUUUCACUACAACAAAGGCUAAAAUUUCAGUUCAGUCCUUGAAUCAUCAAGUCAGCGUUGCUGCUCCCACUCUCCCUGACCUGCAGACUGAGGAAGCCGGAAGCUGGAGAAAUGGUCCACAAACCAGAGCCGCUUUGCAAUUUUUCUCCAAGAAGAAAGGAAAGAAUGCGUUGAUACAAAGAGGGGCUAACGAUGAUGGUGGAGGUCUGCGUCAGCUCGUACAGAGCGGCGUACUGCCCAAGGGCAGCGAUUUGCAUCUGACAUUAAAGGGUAAGCAGCAUGUUGCACAGGUUCUGUCUGGUGGCGUAAUAAUGAGCAAAGGGAAGUCGUAUCGGACUCCAGAGUUCUGGCUGGAAUCCAUUCUUGGUAAUAACAUCCCUGUCGGCUCCAUGUAUGCUCUGAACAAGACGACUUUCAGAGACAAACCUUUGUCUUACUACUUGCUGAACUCAGAGGCCAAACAAAAUCUGUCUGAUAUCCGUCUUCAUGCUGACAAAGAUGAUUCUACUGAACCGGACCCGAGUUUAGAAUCAGUGGACCCAUAUCAGCUCUUACGAAGAAUUCGUAUCAUCCACUUGGUGACCCCUGAGGAGAUGAUUCCAAACGCUGUGAUGGAUUUGUACUGGGACAAGCUCAUGAAGCAAGACCAAGUAGAGUUUGACAACUGGGAGCUUGAACUCUAGCUGUGUCUUUAUAUUUAUGACCCUGUAGGGUUCUGUUUUAUUUUACACUAUUUUAUUUUAUGUGUAUUCAGUACA